AUGUCCUUCCCUCCCCCUCCUGUCAGCUCCAUCGAUUGGGGCAAUGUAGGCUUCAAAGUGCGUGAAGUCAACGGCCAUGUCGAAUGCCACUUUUCCUACAGCAGUGGCGCCAAAUGGUCUGCGCCUAAAUUCGUCGCCUCCCCGCACCUCCCCAUCCACGGCAUGGCCCCGGGCCUCAAUUACGGCCAGCAAGCCUACGAAGGUCUGAAAGCUUUCCGUCGUCCCUCGGGCGAAAUCACCAUCUUCCGUCCUGAUCGCAAUGCUGCACGCAUGGUUCGCUCGGCGGAUUUCAUCUCCAUCCCACCUGUCCCGGAGAAUUUGUUUGUGAAAUGCGUCGAUCUAGCUGUCGCUGCGAAUGCGGAAUUCGUUCCUCCCCAUGAAACCGGUGCUGCUAUGUAUAUCCGUCCAUUGAUCUUCGGUUCCUCCGCUCAGCUGGGCCUCAGUCCCCCUGACGAAUAUACAUUUGUCGUUUUCGUGAUGCCCACGGGUGUUUACCAUGGUGUUCACGCUGUGGAUGCCUUGAUUCUGGAGGACUUUGACCGGUCUGCACCUGAGGGAACUGGCUCCGCCAAGGUCGGUGGUAACUAUGCCCCGGUUCUGAGACAUAGUGGGCAGGCGCACAAGGAGGGAUUCGGAAUCACUCUUCAUCUGGAUAGUCGGACUCGGUCUGAGAUUGAUGAGUUCUCGACAUCGGCGUUUAUAGGCGUGCUUCAGGACAAGCAGACUGGAAAGGUGACUCUCGUACAGCCGGAUAGCAAGAACGUGAUUGAUUCGGUGACUGCGUCGUCUGUGUUGGAGAUUGGUGAGCGGGUGUUUGGCUUCCAGGUCGAGAAGAGACGUGUCCCGUAUGAUGAGAUUAAGGAGUUCCAGGAGGUGAUUGCUUGCGGCACCGCGGCGGCCCUGGUUCCUAUUCGCAGUAUCACGAUGCGUUCCCGCGAUGAUCGUUUCACCUUUGCCUGUGGCGGAGAGGAUAACAGCGGCGGUGAGAUUUGCGUCAAGUUGCUGAAGACGCUCAAGGGCAUUCAGGCCGGCAAGAUCGAGGACUCCUUUGGCUGGAAUUAUGUCGUGCAGGCUCCGCCUCCGGGCUGGGUUGAGGGCGCUGGAGGUCACGAAGAGAAGGAGUUGAAUGGGGCCAAUGUGCCGUAG